AUCUACAGCUCCGGAGCCUAGCCUACCUCGACCCCGCGGCCGCGGCCACGCAAACCGCCUUGCGCAAUCCCCAAAACGCGCCUGUCGUACGCACACGCAUCGUCCGCCACGGAUCCCUCGACGGCACUGCCUUCCUCGCCGCCGCCACAUCCGCGGCAACACUGCCGCCACCACCGCCGCUACCGCCACCGCUGCAAACAAACACACAUCGACAGCACCGCCACCGGCGGCACUCCUUCCAUGCCAACAGCCAGAAUGUACCCCCCCAAACAGCGUCGAUGGCCUCACCCGCACUCAUACAAACAGCUGCCGAGUUUGACAAGGAGCAGCAGCCGAUGGCGCCUAUAGCGCCGAAGGCCCCGCCGCCGAUGGGCGCCACCGUCACUAGGGCGCCGGUGGUUUCAUCGCAGGGAGGCCGCGUUACCAAAGCCACCGGCCUGGUGCUUCGGGAGUGGGGUGCGCUGUAUCCUCAGGCCUGGGCGCCUGCCGGCGGGGCCGCUCCGCCCUCGCUCCGGACCCUGACGGGCUCAUUGCUGCCGCCGGCAUCGGCGCUUGAGUCGGUGGCGGUGGUAGAGCGGCAGGAUCAGGCGGACUUGCGGCGUGCGGCGGCCUCGACCGUGCAUCAGGCCUCCGAAGACGACACGCCGGGGCCCGGGCAGUACGAAGUGGCGACGGUGGGCGCUGUGGGCCGCACUGGACCGGCCUUCACCAUCGGCGGCCGUACGGCACCGCCGCCAUCUGCGGCGUUGGUGAAUCCGGAGGCUGCCAAGGUGCCGGGUCCUGGCGCCUACAACGUUUCCCGCCCCGUGGCGGACGGCCCCGCCUUCACCAUCAAGGGCCGGCCCCGGGAGCCCCAUCAGAGCACCCAGCACGAGGACGUGCCCGGUCCCGGCGAGUACUACGACCCCACCAAGACGAGCAUCCGCGAGGGGCCGGCCUUCACUCUUGCCGGCAAGGCCAAGCGCAAGUUCGAUACGGACGCACCGGGACCCGGGGCGUACUUGGUGGUGGGAUCCAGCAGGGGAGGUCCCGCCGUCACCAUCGCCGGCCGGCCCCGGGCCCGGGCUCCGGAACCCACUCCGGGCCCUCAGGACUACCAGCAGGGGCGCGCCACGUCACCUGGGCGGGAUGGGCCCGCCUACACUAUAGCCGGCAGGCUGGACGCUAAGUGUGAUACCAAUGUCCCGGCGCCUGGAGAGUACGACCUGCCGGUCGCUUGGCGGACAGGCCCUGCUGUUUCAUUCGCCGGCAAGCCCGUCCCCAAGCCCGACCCGGAAACCUCACCGGGGCCCGGGGAGUACCACAUGCCGCACUGCCCUGGGGAAGGGCUUCCCGCCUUCACCUUUGGUGGCCGACCGCCUGAGACCGACCCCGAGGACCUGCCUGGGCCUGGAGCCUACUACAGGCCGGUCGCCAAGGAGGGCCCCUCCUUCACCAUCGCCGGCCGCCCCGCCAGCCCUGGCCCCGCCAACCGCGACGCCGAGCAUCUGCCCGGCCCCGGCGCCUACGACCCACAGCCCGGUGCAGCUGCCGGCCCCGCCUCGCCCCCCGGCCCGGCCUUCACCUUCGGCGCCCGGCCUCGAGAGCGGUCCCCUCCACCUAGCCCCGGACCUGGAACCUACCACCCGGAGGAGGGCAGGGCGGCUGGGGAGGCUGGUGGUGGCGGGGGGCCCGCAUACACACUGCUAGGCCGGCCCGUGGCCCGAGAUCCGCCUGACUCGCCGGGGCCCGGCGCCUACAGCCCCACUGACCCGGCCCUGAGCCCCGGUCCCGCCUUCACCAUGGCUGGCCGCGUCGUGGAACCUGACCCACGGGUCGAUCUUCCCGCACCUGGGGAGUACGAUAGUGGCGUAGUGACGCAACCGGGCGGGCCGUCGUACACCAUGCGGGGGCGGCCGGUGGAGGCGAAGCGACCGGACUCGCCAGGCCCGGGGGAGUACAGCUCCCCCGCGCCACGUCGUGGUCCCGCAUUCACCAUGGCCUCUCGCCCCGCCUCGCCCGACGCCCAAGACCCGGACACUGGCCACCAAGUGCCCGGGCCCGGUGCCUACGACACGAUGACGCCGCAAUCGCCCUCCGGUCCCGCAUACACCAUGCGCGGCAAGCCGGGGGAGCGCUCACCACCGCCCUCCCCGGGGCCUGGUGACUACCCCCGGCACCCAGGUCCCCGCGGGCCCGCCUUCUCCAUCCGGGGAAGGGCCGCGGAUCCGGAGCCGCAGCUGACCUUCGUGGGUCCAGGCGCCUACAACCCGGACAACCCCGGGCUGCCCGGAGCCCCCGCCUUCACUUUGCGGGCCCGACCUAGGGAGCGGGAAACACCGUCACCAUCUCCAGGUCCGGGCGAGUACGACGCCUCUGCUGGCGGCGGUGACGUGGAUCGCGGCCCUGCCUGGACCAUGGGUGCUCGUCCCGUUGCCCCUCAAGUCCCCGACGUCCCCCCCCCGGGCGCCUAUGAGCUGCCCGCGUCCCCCCGCGGCCCGGCAUACACAAUGAGAGCUCGGGCUGCUGCGGAGCCGCUGUCCCGGGAGCCCUCAGGCCCCGGGCCCGGCAUGUACUCCCUCCCCAGCUCCCCCCGGGGUCCGGCAUACACAUUCCGUACCCGGCCUCCCGCCCCCUCGGCGGCGGCGGUUGACGGCCCCGGCCCCGCGGACUACCAGCAGCUGUCUGGAGGGCCUAGCGGCCCCGCCUUCACCAUCCAGGGCAGGCACGCCAAGGGCGGUUCCCCCGCCGACCCGAGCAUUCCCGGGCCCGGCGGGGAGAGUCCCGGUCCUGGGGCUUACUCCCCCAGCGGCAACCCCGACGGCCCGGCGUUUACCAUCGCGCCGCAAGUACGACAACCGGAACAGGAGCCGACGCCGGCGCCGGGCGACUACGGCGCUGCUGACGGUGGCCCCUCCGGCCCCGCCUGGUCGAUAUCUCAGCGCCUGGCGGAGCCUUCUGGUCUAGAGGGUCCCGGUCCUGGAGAGUACUACAGCUCGCCCGCCGCCGGUGGCCCUGCCUACUCCAUGGGAGCGAAGCCCAGGAGCAGGCGGCGCAGGAAGCGCAGCCAACUGCCUCCGGAGCCGGGGCAGUACUGGAGCCCCCUCUCCCCCGCCGGACCGGCCUGGAGCUUUGGGGAGAAACCGCAGGGCCCUAUGCCGUACAAACCGGAUGCGGGACCAGGUGACUAUAACGACCCCCGGGAUAUGGUGACGGGGCCCGCCUGGUCCCUGAGACCCCGGACUCCGUCGCCACCGCGGGACCACGUGCCGGGACCAGGAAGCUACAACGACUCAAAACCCUUCCCCAACCCCCUCGGCACGGUGGUUUCCCAGCCCCGUGCCCACACGGAACUGGAUCCGAUGUACCUGACGGAUAUGGGUGGGCCUUAUGACGACACGCUCCGGGCCCGCAAGUCCCCCUCCCGCCCCGGCAGGCGGGUCACCUUCCACCAGGAUACCAUGUUCAGGGAUUCCCUGGAUCCCACACACGGCGGUCGUGUACGACUGGAGGAGUCGGCCGUAUCUGGCCGGGGAGGCGCCGCUGUUCCCCCGCCCCGUGUCAAAACACACGCAGUACCACCACCUGUUCCAACCUUGGCUCCAUCACCCCCCCGGGAAUCCGGCGUCUCGUCCGGUACGACAUUCCCUGGCUACAGCCCUAGGGCAGCGCAAGCGCAACGACCGGGACCUCCAGGAAUCCCAUCGCCCCGACACCAGCUGCUGCAGCAACGGCCGGUGGCGGCGGCGGCCGCGGCGGCUCGGCUGGUUGCACCAGCGGCAGCCGGUAGUGGAGGCGGCAAUUCUCUGGAUGCGGAAGUUGAGCGAGCGAUGCGGCUGUAUCGGAGGGUGGCACUGGAGCAACGGUAUCUGGGUUCUGGCGGCGGCGGCGGCGGCGACGGCGACGGCGGCGGCGACGGCGGCGGCGGUGAGCAGAGUAGAAGCGGCGCCAGGGGACCUUCCCGGCAGUCAUCACAGCAGCAAAAGCCACCCGCGGCGCCUCCGGCGCCGGCGCCGCAGCAGCGGCGGCAGGCGGGACGCGACAGCGCCAUCCCGGCGGCGGCGGUGGUGGCGGCAGCGCAACAGAGUUACAUGGCGGACCUCGCCACGCGGCAGGCAGCGGCAUCAGAACAACAGCGACGAGGAGCUAGCAGCAGGUCGUCAUCCGCCGUACCGCCACAGCUUCAGCAGCAGCCGGCGCCAGGACGGGGAGAAGCGUCAGUCUCAGGCGCCGCCACCACCGCUGCCGCCGCUGCCGCGCGCGCACAGCAGGCCGCUGGUCGUCAGGCGCUGUGGGCGGCGGCAGCGGAGGGCCGUACGGCACCGGGUCUGGGUGGCCCGCCGACGAUGACGCAGGGCCCGUUAGGAGUGCCGGUGCCGCGAGCACGGCGGCGGCUGGAGAUGCCUGGGGCCCCCUCCGGACUAUCCCCGCGUGAAGCGGCUCUGGCUCGUGCUGCGGCGUACAUGGCGGGCCGUGGCGCUUCGGGCCUGACUGGCGGCGCGGAGUGGGAAGGCCCGGCGGGGUCAAGUGCUGGUGGAGCCGCCGCCGCAGGAGCGGCCCGAGCUUCUUCGGUCGGGGUUCAAGCGGCGCCUGAGUACGCGCCCCACGCACCCAGGGUCAUGAGUGCACCUGCGGGCGGUGUCGGCGGCGCAGCUGGAAGGACGGCUUCGCGGGGCAGAAGCAUUAGUAGUGCUCGUUUUCGAGGGAAGUAG